AUGGACUCCUACGGACAAGACAACUUUGGCGGUGGCCGUCGCGGUGGUGGUGACAGUUUCGGAGGCAACGACUCUGGCUUUGGAGGUAACGGCUCCCAGUUUGGUGGAGGUGGCUCUGGAUUCGGAGGAAAUGACUCGGGCUUUGGAGGCAACGGCGGCGGUAACAACUUCGGGGGCGGCAACUCCGGAUAUGGUGGAGGUAACGGGCGCGACAACAACAACUUCGGCGGUAACGAUUCUAACUUCGGUGGAGGCGGUUCUGGGUUUGGAGGUAAUGACUCGGGCUUUGGCGGGGGUGGUGGUGGUGGUGGUGGUGACUCCAACUUUGGAGGCAACGAUUCCAGACAUGGAGGUAAUGACUCUGGAUUCGGUGGUAACAGCUCUGGCAACUCUGGCUUUGGCGGUAAUGACUCCGGAUUUGGCGGGGGCAGAAAUAACCAGGAUAACUUCGGAGGCUCUGGUGGUGGAAAUGACUCCUUCGGUGGCUCCUCUGGUGGCCUUGGCGGCUUGGUGAAUAAGGCAGAGGGCUUCCUCAACAACCACGGCGGGAACAACAACAAUCAGGGCGGCUCCAACAACGGAGGACAGGGUGGUAACACUGGAGGUAACUUUGUCGACUCGAUGGUUGACCAGAAGGUUGACCAGUAUGUUCCUUCUGGCAUGGAUGGGGCUGUUAACCAGGGAAUCAACCAGGAGGUUAACAAGUUCUUCUAA